GUGGCGAGACGUGGCAAUGAAUGGAGCAUAUAUAAGGGCCUACUGGAAUGAUUGUGGUCCACUUCUUUUGCGGUCAACAGCGGUAGAAGAGCAAACAUGAAUACCUUCGUGCCCCUCGCUCUUACACUCCUGGCUGUAGCAGCCAACGCUGCUCCUGCUGCGCAGAUUGGUCCACUCUUCGGCGGCACCACCACCACCACCACUGAAAGUCCUGUUACCACUAGCGAACGUACACUGAGUGUGGGCAGUCACCCAGUGCCACUAAAUCAUGGCAUUAAGGCUCGCAGUGCCCAGAGUCCUUUAGAUGACGAUAACUCAUCAACUGAAAAAGAUGACAAGACAGAGCCUCCAGUCACCAUCCCAGCCUUCCGUGCCAACAGGCCAUUUGCACCCCACAGCCUCACUAACGAUGCCCCCAACUCACGACCAGUGAGGGAGACAGACGACACCACCACGACCACCACCACGACCUUCCCCACCACCAGUGACAGGACCUUCUCUGCUCACCUCUCACCUGUCGGUCUUUCUAACUCUGGGUCACGACCUGUGAGGCAGCUCACCAGUUCCACCACUGAGAUUAACACCACCACUGAGUCCGAUGAUGUCCCCAGGUUCCACGCCCGCGUCCCCAUUAAGACGACCCAGGACUAAGUGGCUCAUCCCCACUAACCACUAGGACGACCCUCCAUCUACUGUCCUCUGGUGGUACACUAUCACCACUACCUCCGCCAAGAACACCUCCAGGAGAAUAGUUUGUCUAUCUAGAGAAAGACAAUGUUUUACAUCUAACUAAUUUAGAAAUAAUGACCCGUGAAUCAGAACUAUGAUAAUGUCUUGUUGUUCUAGUAUUCUAGACAACAUCUAAGCUAGAUCCUUCAGACUUGUAACAGCUUAAAUCCUGUUCACUAGUCUGCUGGUUCCUUGAUCUACCAUCCUCCAUGGUUAGUGUUAUUUGUCAGUGGAUAGUGAUUGUCCUUGAUGAUGACCCUCGUUGAACUCGCUUGACCUCUGCACGUCUCGUUCACUGUGUUAAUCCACUUUGAACAUAGAGACAUGCUUGACUAUUGCCCUACACACAACUUCCUCCACAAUAAAUGUUACCUGCUUUAUCAAAAAAGUCACACAUAUACCUCCUGUCUUCUAAAUCUUGAAAUCCAUCUAUCUCGUGCAUUUUUCUUGAGUUAUUCCAUCACUAGGUCACAGUAAGACACUUGGCCAACUCUCACUAAAUCAAAACACAGUGUUGGCUCCGCCAUGGAACCCACAACUGUGGCUAUUUCUGCCGCUGUAAACAAUGUCUGCUAAUCAUCAACUCUGCCAUCAAUACCAACACUACAUUGAUGCUUGUAAUUUCGUUCAUUACCUAGUGUUUUAAAAAAUUGAAGUACUGAGAUACAUUUUUUUUUUCUACAGCUACGUAAUUACCAAGUGAACUGUGGACACACAUGACGUGUCCUUGCAGAGUUAUGAUUGGCCAGUUAAUGACCCAGUUACUGUAGUUAAAUCUUUAAGUUCUAAUCAAAUCAUUUGUUUUCUUUUUGUUUAGUGUAAAUAUACUAUGCAUAUCUCACAGUUCAAUAAAGCUAGCAUAUCAAA